UUUUCUCCGUAUUUGCUACCGAAGUGCUGCCAAAAUCGCUACAGUGUUUGUGUGACACAUUUUCGAAUUCAAAACUUAUUCUGCACUAUCGAAAUUAAGUAACUUAUGAACUUCUGUGAUUCAAGUUCUAGUGGUGAAUUUUAUUCUCCUCUCACCCUUUUUGAUUUUGAUUUAAGCCCUCUUAAAGAGGUUAGGGUUAGGAGUGAGAGUGAUAUUAAGCGUGAGUUAGAGUUUUUUGAAGAUCUUGACUACAUCCCUCCCCCUACUCCGUGUAGUGAAAGUUACGAGACUGAGGAAAUGUCUUUUGAGGAAACGUUGAGCAUUUGGGGGAGCGAGGAAGUAAGGAUGCUGGAGUACAGCUAUGUAAGUGUUGAGGGUGAGUCAUCUGGGUCUGAGCGUACAGAGGGAGGGGUAGGUAGAAAUGAAGUUGUUGAGGUUGGGGCAGAAAAGGUGCUUGUCAAUAUAUUGAAAGUGGGAGAUAGGAGUGAUAAGUUUUACGAUAGUGGGGCAGACAUUGUGUCUGAGGUAAAGGGGUAUGAGUCUGAGCUCAGGAGUAGGGAUAGCUUGAGUUAUCUCGUAGAAACUUAUGAGAUCUCUUCUAGAGUAUUAAUUAGGCCUGUUGGAGUGAAAGAAAGGGCAUGCUUUGCACCUCGGGAUCACUGGAUGCCAGCGUAUGCCCAUUAUUUGGCAGCAAGGCUUAGGUUUCCAUUGCCUGAUUUGUUGGUGUGGCUGUUGUUGAAGUAUAGUGUAGGUUUGACCCAAUUAUCUCCCAAUGCGGCUAUAAGUAAAAAGGAGAAGGGGUGGUACUACUUUACACCUCGGUCGUCCAACAAAGAAAAGAGAAACCUGUUUAGUGCAAGGCCUUCCUCUAUCAAGGGGUGGAAGGAAAAAAUUUUCUUUGUUGAUGACACCAAGUGGGAGAAGAGGGAUGGGGAAGUAGAGGAGGGUGACAUAAUAGAUAUUAUGUUUCUCACCAGCUCGGAUGUCAUAGAAGCAGCUGAGCUUUAUGGGCCGAGCUCAAUGAGCAAAGCUGAAAUGGACAAACUUCUGGGUGUUGCUGGUGGGGUGGCUAUUCCUAAGAAGCUGAGGAAGAAGUCCAAGACUUUGGAGAAGGCUACAAGUGGGAAAGGAGGUGGUAACACGGAGAAAGGGCAGAUGGGGGACGAGGUAGUGGAAUUCGUACCUCGGCCUACGCUUGUUGAGCUUAAUCCAGACCUCAAAGAGACCGAGGUACCUGCCCUUGGCAAGGGUAAAGCGUUUGUUCCCACACCUUUUCUCCAAAGCAGCAUUUUUGGGAACAAAAACUUCUCCGCGGUAAAGAAUUUCAUCAAUGCCUAUGUGCCUGAGGUGGAUCGCCAUAAAGCGAGGGAGGAAGAAUUGGUACAUGGAGGGACCUCAAUUAUGAGGCUUGCCCUAAAGACUACAACUUGGGUUAAUGCGCUAGCCCAAGAAUUCAUGGAGAUUGUGAAGGAGUGUAAUAGCAUGCAGAGGGAAAGGGAUGAGCUGUUGAAGAAGAACGGGGAAAUGAAAAGGGAACUGGAUAUAGUGGUACCAGUAGUGACAAGCUUACAAGAGGAGAGAGAUACACUGAAGACCAUUCUCUCAUUCGAAGAGAAGAAAAGGAGAAUGUGUGAAGAAGAGAAUGAAGCACAAGAGGAGGAAAUAAGAAGGAUGAGAGAAUCCGAGGUGGAAUUCAAAAAGAAUGUCCAAUUGUUAGUCCACAACGGGAUGGAGGAACAUAUCAAAGGACGCGUCGUUUUUCCUCCUAACUUUGACUUCGAGUUCGUAGCAGUGGAGGAAGAGGAAGGAGAAAUAGAAGUAGAAGUAGAAGGGGCUGAAGUUGAUGAAAGUCAACCAUCUCCUCCUGUGGAGGUGCAUCCAGUUCCCUCUGAAGAAGAGCAGCCACCUCUCUCAACAGAGCAGAAGCCACCCCAGCCACCUCUUCUAGCAAAAUAGUUUAGGGAUUUUUUACUUUUUUGAUUUAUGUAUUUAGGAUUUGAACAAUGAUUAAUGUACACAUUUUUUGAUUUAUUUAAAGAAAUUUUUUUUUUGAAU